UGCUUCCUUCCACCCCACCCCCCCUCUCCCACCCACGUCUCCUCGAGCCAAGCAACCGCGGCGGCGACCGACCGACGGAGACCGAGCCAAGCCAGCAGGCGGCGGAUCCCCGGCCCCGCCGACGAGACGCAGAGAGAAGCCUACCCGCUCCAUCCAGGAGAGGAGCGGAGGGGAGGGGAGCUGAGCCGUCGACUCGACUCUGCUCCAGCAGCGAGCGCGGCGAUUCGGAUCCGCCGCCGUGGCCGACGAUUCGUACGAUUCGCCCGCGCCGGAGAUCCGGGUCCCCCUCGCCCCUGCCGCGCCGCCGUACCGGGGAGGGGAGGAUCCAUGUCCCAGCCCCACAGGCACAGCACCGGAAACGGCGGCGCCGGGGGCGGGGACUACAUCAAGUCAUGGAUCAUGUGCGGCAACCUGCAGCGCGGCUUCGGCUCCCUCGUCCGCGAACCCUGCGGCCUCAACCCGGACCCCUACUACCUCAAGGGGGGCAAAAUGCUCAGGCCGGAGAAAUGGAAGGCGUGUUUCGAUGCCGACGGGAAGGUCCUAGGCUUCCGUAAGGCUCUCAAACUCAUUGUCUUAGGGGGCAUGGAUCCCUCUAUUCGAGCAGAAGUUUGGGAGUUUCUUCUUGGGUGCUAUGCCUUAAGUAGCACAACAGAGUAUAGGAGGAAACUAAGAGCCGCUCGAAGGGAGAAAUAUCAAUGUUUAGUUAGGCAAUGCAAGAGUAUGCACCCAAGCAUUGGUACAGGUGAGCUUGCGUAUGCUGUUGGCUCAAAGCUGAUGGAUGUCAGGACUAUGCCAAAAGAAAAUGACAGUAGAGAAGAAGUCAGCACAAGUCAACGAGCCUCAGAAAAUGCACCUGGCAGUGCAGUAGAAAACUCCAACUUAAAUUAUGACUCUGGUGGAACACCACAGUCACAAAGCUGUAGCAAAUCAGCUGAAGUAGUUGGUUUCAACGCACAUAAUGAUAGCUCUGUAUAUAAUUCAUCCAAAUUUAUGGUGUCCUCCACAGUGGUGAAUAGUUGCUUGUCAGAUUCUGGGGAUUACAAUGACAUGGGUGAACCAAGAUAUGACAGUGAGACGUUCAUGGAGUAUCCCUCCCUGCCUGGUACAAACUUGUUCGCAAAUGAUGGUGGGGAUGUCAAUGGGGUUGAUGAAAGUCUUUGUAGUUUCUCAGUUCCUGAAGAUAGGUUAAGACAACGUGACGAACGCAUGCACAGCUUCCAGAUCAAUAAUAACAUAGAUCUCAUUAUGGAGUCCAAUUCCAGUGAUCUGUUUCGGGCUAGCAACAGUGACUCAGCCAUCUUUCACUCUGAUGCGUUCAAACAGGAUAGAUGGUUAGAUGACACUGGCUACAACAGGGAAAUAGUAGAUUCUUUGAAGAUAUCUGAUGCGCCAGAAGCAGAUUUUGUUGACGGAACCAAAUCCGACAGUCCGGUUGCAAACAAAGACAGAGUCGCCGAGUGGCUAUGGACAUUGCAUAGAAUAGUGGUCGAUGUUGUCAGAACAGAUAGCCAUCUUGAUUUCUAUGGAGAAUCAAGAAAUAUGGCGAGAAUGUCAGAUAUACUUGCAGUUUAUGCAUGGGUUGAUCCUUCCACUGGAUACUGUCAAGGUAUGAGCGAUCUGCUUUCCCCUUUUGUUGUUCUAUACGAGGAUGAUGCAGAUGCCUUUUGGUGUUUUGAGAUGCUACUGAGAAGGAUGCGUGAAAAUUUCCAGCUCGAGGGACCGACAGGAGUUAUGAAGCAGUUGGAAGCAUUGUGGAAGAUCAUGGAAUUGACAGAUGCGGAAUUAUUUGAGCAUUUAUCAGCAAUUGGUGCUGAAAGCCUCCAUUUCGCUUUCCGGAUGCUGCUAGUGCUUUUUCGUCGAGAGCUAUCUUUUGAGGAGUCGCUGAGCAUGUGGGAGAUGAUGUGGGCUGCUGAUUUUGAUGAAGAUGCAAUCAGGAAUUUGGAAGCGAACUGCCUAGAACCGUUGCUACUAGAUGUGAAGAAUGAUUUGUCAUGUGAGGUCAAAGAAGAGCCCCGGGUGAACAAGCACACGAGAAGAAAAUCCAAAAGCAGGAGAUCCCAUCGUAGAAAUGGUGAAAUCCGCGUUUCUUGCAACCCCGGAGUGAAAUCUAGUACAAGAAAUCCCCUGUGUGGCUUGUCAGGUGCUACUAUCUGGGCAAGGCAUCAACAUAUGCCUCAUUUGAGUACAAAUGUCUUGACAAAGAACGGAGACGACGAACUGCCUAUAUUCUGUGUAGCAGCAAUCUUGAUAAUCAAUCGGCACAAGAUUAUUAGAGAUACUCACUCAAUAGAUGAUGCUAUCAAGAUGUUCAACGACAAUAUACUGAAAAUCAAUGUAAAAAGAUGUGUGCGCCUGGCUGUCAGGCUGAGGAAGAAGUACCAGUACAAGUUGCUAAAAGGAGGGGGCAUAAGGGGUUUGCCCCUCGGACCUACCUACCUACCUCGUUCCUCGGACUCCGGUCGAAUCGACAUAAUCCCCGCCGCCGGUGCCGCUCCCGCUUUGUCGAAGAUGCUGGGCGGGUUGUACGGCGACCUCCCGCCGCCCACCUCGGCGGCCGGCGACGACGACAAGCCGACGGCCUCCGUCUGGUCGAGCGCCACCAAGAUGGCGCCCCCGACCCUCCGCAAGCCAUCCGCGACCUUCGCCCCUCCCACGUCCCUCCUCAGGAACCAGCACCCCCGCCCCGCCGCCGCUCCCAAGCCCAGCGCCGUCCUGCAGCAGCAGCAGCCCCUCGCCUCCGCCGCCACCACCACCACCGUACCCUCCUUCCACCCGGCCCUCGUCGCCGUGCAGUCCACCGUGCUCGAGGAGUACGACCCCGCCAGGCCCAACGACUACGAGGACUACCGCAAGGACAAGCUCAAGCGGGCCAAGGACGCCGAGAUGAAGAAGGAGCUCGACAGGCGGCGCCGCGAGGACCAGGAGAGGGAGCGGGAGCGCGAGCAGAGGGAGGCCGAGGCCCGCCUGCGCGAGGAGCAGUCCAGGGCGUCAUCCCUCAACAUAUCCGGCGAGGAAGCAUGGAAGAGGAGGGCCGCCAUGAGCGGCGCUGGCGGCGGUACUCCUCAGAGGGCUUCGUCUCCGCCCCAUGGGGAUGCCGGUGGCUUCUCCAUCCCGGGCUCCUCCUCCUCUGGCUUGGGCCUGGGCGCCGGCGGCCAGAUGACCGCUGCCCAGAGAAUGAUGGCCAAGAUGGGGUGGAAGGAAGGCCAGGGGCUCGGCAAGCAAGAGCAGGGAAUCACGGCGCCUCUGGUCGCUAGGAAGACCGAUCGGAGGGCAGGGGUAAUUGUCGAUGAGAGCAGCUCCAGGAGGCCCAGAUCAGUCAACUUUGAAGGCCAGCCCACCAGAGUAGUGCUGCUUCGUAACAUGAUUGGUCCGGGCGAGGUUGACGACGAGCUGGAAGACGAGAUUGCCUCGGAAUGCUCCAAGUUUGGGGCUGUGUUGCGCGUGCUGAUAUUCGAGAUCACCCAGGCAAACUUCCCCGCAGACGAAGCGGUGAGGAUCUUUGUGCUGUUCGAGAGGACAGAAGACUCGACCAAGGCAUUGGUCGAACUGGAAGGCCGCUACUUUGGCGGACGCAUAGUGCACGCCACCUUCUUCGACGAGGGAAGGUUCGAGAGGAACGAGCUCGCUCCGAUGCCCGGGGAAGUAGCAGGGUUCGACUAAACCUUAAUAAUCAGACUAAAGAAGUGGAUGGUUGGUGUCGGGUGUAACUUAAUCUAGAGCAUGAACGCUGUUUUCUUCUUCUUCUGAGGACAGUCUGCAGCAUGUUGGUGAAUUUUGACCUAUUGCCAUUCUAUCAUUGUAGAGUUGUUGUUAUUAUUAUAUUCUUGGUCUAA